UCACAAUUCCUGGUGUGGCCUGUACAUCACAGGAAGACCAGGAAAACAUGACACUGAAAGUCACUUUGCUAAGUAGUGAGUGGAAAUCAUCCACUAAUGGGGAUUUGUCAACUAUCAACCGAGAGCUGGCCAUCCAGUUAGCUAAACACCCCAAUGUGGAUGUUAGUGUCUUGCUUCCAAAUUGCAGUGAAGCAGACAGGAGCAGUGCGGAAAGUCACAAUGUGAAGCUUGUUGAAGCAGAUAGAGUUCCUGGUUUUGAGCCAGUUCUUUGCCUGUCCUUUCCUCCAAGAGACCAUACAAUAGACUGUGUCAUUGGUCAUGGAGUUCACCUUGGCCGACAAAUUGCAUCCAUGAAGAGAAAUCCAAAUUACAGUCAUUGCAAAUGGAUGCAAGUUGUUCACUCUGCUCCUGAGGAAGAUGGAAUGUACAAAGACAUUUCAGAAGGUCAAAAAAUGCAAGAAACAGAAAUCCAACUCUGUAAAAUGGCUGAUCAAGUUAUCACAAUUGGACCUAAGCUGGCCGAAGCUUACAAGUGUUACCUUUGUCCAGCUAAACAGGAGGAAAAAGUUUUUGACCUUACUCCAAGCAUUUUCUCAGAAUUUUUGGCAGUAGAGCAAGCCACUAAACAAAGAAGAACAUUCCAUAUUCUUGUAAUUGGAAGUGGUGACAGCUGUGAAGAUUUCAAUGUCAAAGGGUACGACAUAGCUGCCAAAGCAAUUUCUGAGUUGAAAGACAAAUCAUACAAACUCAAGUUUGUCUGUGCAGCUGGAGGAAAAAGAGAUAUUGUAGCUGAAAAUUUGCUCCACCAUGGCAUUAGUCGUAAUCAGCUUUUUGUUUGCAGCUUUGAUGAUAACAGAGAAGUGCUGGCAAACUUAUUCUUUGAAGUAGAUCUUGCAAUAAUGCCAUCCAGGACGGAGGGUUUUGGAACAACAGCUCUGAAAGCGUUAUCUGCUGGUCUGCCUGUACUUGUCAGUGGUAAUUCAGGGCUUGGAGAAGUUCUGAAGAAAGUGCCUUUAGGCCCACAGAGUGUGGUAGACUCUGAAGAUCCUAAAGAGUGGGCCAGAGAAAUCAAGCGUGUCCGUCAGAAAGAGAGAGACGUGCGACUUUCAGAGUCAAGAUUUCUACGUGAAAAGUACUUGGAGAAGUAUAGCUGGGAGGAGCCUUGUAAGAGUCUUGUGAUAAAGAUGAAGAACCUUGUUUUUGGUGCAGUUCCACGUGAUUCAACAAAACAAGCACAGAGAAAUGCAAAAGAAGCUUGGACAGCAGCAGAUAAAGCUCCAAACACCUCUUUAAAGAGAAAAAGAACUGAUGGGGAUGAACAAACAAAGUCUGUUCAAGUUAAAAUUCCAAUAUGGAUUGAUUGUGGGACCAUCCCAGACCCUCAUCCACAACUUGAGACAUCAGGAACAGUGGUUAUAGCCAGUCAGGGUACUCAGGCUGGUAGCGAUGGGCUGAUAGUUACUAAAACGUCAGAAGGAAUGCCUCAAGACACACAGGAUAGCCAGGCAGGAAGUCAUGAGUUGUUAGUUACAGGAGUUAAGUGUAAGGCAGUGGAAUCUGUUGCAUCAGCUGGUCAACCAUUCUCAGGAAGAACAGGAAGCGAUGAAGAAGCAGGUGUUGGAAACGAGGCUGUACCCAACGCACAAGAGGUUUUGAAUUAUAUCGCACACAAGCACUUCAAGAUAGUUGACCCAUCUAAACCUGAGGAAUUAAAUGGCUUUCUACAGUAUUUAAAAGAAGUGCGCAAAGUUCUGGUUCUGGAUGUGCAGCCAGGAAGUUUGAUAUUGACAGCACUAUGUAGUUCAUUGGAGAUACUGGAUGCCCUGUGGUAUGACUAUUGCACAGGUCACCUGAAUGACAUGGCACAGAAAUAUCUUGUGACAAAGGACGUUCUGAAGGAGUUUGACUUGACUGAGCUGAAACUGACAACAACUAUUCAGGGGGAGGAGUACAUUGCUGCACGAAAGUUUUUGCUGCAGGGUUCAGAAAAAGCUCCAAACACCUCUUUAAAGAGAAAAAGAACUGAUGGGAAUGAACAAACAAAGUCUGUUCAAG